CUUUGGCAGCACAUGCAACAUCCCUCUUCAAUCGAAUCAUGGAAAACAAGUGAAGCUAUCGACAAGUUCUUGCUUUGUUUCCUUCGAUUUGACUAGUAAAUCUACAAACUGAACAUCUCAAGCUGCAUGAGCAUUAACAAAACACAACAAAAUAUUUUAAACCAGGCCUGAGCUGCACAAACAAGCAGAGAUCGGAAACAACCAAGUAGCGGAGCGCGCCACAGCCAAUUGCGCCGGCUCCGCGGCUCAGCCACCUGGAAGCGUCACCAGCUUAGCUGCGCGCGCUGAACCUGGCCUCGAUCUCCACCACCACAUAAUCACCUGCGGUUCUUCACCCAGUCUUUUUCUGAAGGGAAGGCUUCCUACAGCUUCCUUUGAUCAUUUUUCGUUUGCUUGAUUAUAUCUAGACUGAGUGAUACACCGAGAAGCAAGCCGUCAAGAUGAGUUUCAAGGGGUUUACCAAAUCGUUAGGUCGGGCGCCCCAACAGUUCAAGUCCAAGUUCAACAUAGGCGAACACACCAAAGACCCGGUCUAUAUUGAUGCCGAACGUCGCUUCCAAGAGCUCGAAACCGAGACCAAAAAGCUUCACAAUGAGUCCAAGAGAUAUUUCGAUGCCAUCAACGCCAUGCUUAACCACCAAAUCGCAUUCUCCAAAGCCAUGACGGAAAUUUACCGCCCAAUCAGUGGGCGCAUGUCGGACCCCUCCAGCAUGGAGAUUGAGGGCAGGCCCGAGGGCAUUCGAGCCUGCGAGGAGUACGAAGCGAUUGUGAAGGACCUACAAGAAACUCUGGCCCCAGAACUUGAGAUGAUUGAGAGCAGGGUAAUCCGGCCAGCCAACGAGCUUCUAGAUGUCAUCAAGGUUAUCCGCAAGGCGGUCGUCAAGCGCGAACACAAGCAACUUGAUUACGACCGCCACCGUGCCGCCUUGAAGAAACUACAAGACAAAAAGGAGAAAACAAUGAAGGAUGAGAAGAACAUCUACAAGGCCGAGGCCGACCUGGAACAGUCCACCCAGGACUUUAACUACUUCAACGACUUGCUCAAGGAUGAGCUCCCAAAGCUGUUUGCGCUGGAGCGCGAAUUCAUACAGCCCCUCUUCCAAUCUUUCUAUUACAUGCAGCUCAACAUCUUUUAUACGUUGCACGAAAAGAUGCAACACUGCGAUAUUGGCUAUUUUGAUCUCACCAGGGAUAUUGAAGAAGCUUUCCACGAAAAGCGAGGCGACAUCCAAGAGCAGGUCGAGAAGAUCACCAUUGUCAAGUUUAAGACCACCGGACGGCCGCGCCCACCCAAAUACCAGCCGAAACCGACCUUGGAGGCGCCCAAGACCCAAGGUCUCCUCACAGCCGGGCCUUCAUCCAGCUCCACAACGGAACCAUCGCCCUCAUUAGCCCCAACUCCCAAGUACGGAGCUGUGCACUCACCGGCGCAACCUGCGGCCGCAGAGAACCCGCCACCACCCUACUCCCCGGGGGUCAAGUCACCGCCGCUGAAAAGCCCUGCGGUUAAGAGCACAGCCUUUGCGCAGCAUAGCCCGGCAAUGUUGAGCCCGGGCGCCUCUUCGCUCGCGGCCGCGGCCGCGGCAAAACCCAAGCCGCCACCCCCGAAGCCAAAGCCCAGCAGGCUUAGCGCAGCGCCCGCUGCGGAGACCGUUACGGCCCUGUACGAGUACGCGGCCACGCAGGAGGGUGAUUUGAGCUUUCACGCAGGCGAUGUAAUCGAGAUUGUUAGUCGGACGCAAAAUGCCAACGAAUGGUGGACAGGAAGGCUGAAUGGGAAAGUUGGGCAGUUCCCUGGUAACUAUGUGCAGUUGCAAUCAUAGCAAAGACAAAUGUUUGUUGGGUCAAAUUCGGUCUUGGAAACAUGGAUUGGAGCAUUAUUGGCCUGGUAUAGAAUGGCACGAUGGCAUGUAUACAGUAGAUGAGCCAUUAAUAUCAGACUUGUACAAGGUG